CCCCUUGGCGGGCAUUCUGUUACAUACCCAACUCUGACACACUCACACAAUCAUACUCACCCCCCUUCUCAGUUCUCACUCUCUCUCUUCGUUUCUCUCUUCUCUCCGCCAUUAAAGCUCUAUUUAAGCUCCCCUUAAGCUGCUUUUCCUCCUCCACUAAUCUAUGUUUAAGCUCCUCUAAAGCUUAUUACACUCUGAAGAAGUGACUGAAAUUCAGCGACAAUGUUCUACUCUCAUCAGCUGCUUGCUCGAAAAGCUCCACUCGGACAAAUAUGGAUGGCAGCAACAAUGCAUGCGAAGAUGAACAGGAAAAAGCUCGAUCAAAUCGACAUCAUCCGAAUUUGCGAAGAAAUCUUAAAUCCUUCAGUACCAAUGGCGCUGAGGCUAUCUGGGAUUUUAAUGGGUGGUGUGGUGAUUGUUUAUGAACGCAAAGUUCGACUCCUCUACGAUGAUGUUAAUCGGCUUCUGGUUGAGAUCAACUCAGCAUGGAAGGUGAAACCUGUUGUGGACCCUACAGUUCUUCCCAAAAGCAAAAAUCAAGCCAAGUUUGAGGCUGUGACAUUGCCUGAGAAUGCAGAUCUUGGAGAUGUUGAGCAGACUAUUGACUACUCAAACAAAUUUACCAAUAGUGCAACAUUUCAGCAAACUGCUUAUUUUGCCAUGAGACUAGAUACUAUUGAUGAGCUCGCUGAGAGCUUCAGGGAAAAAGAGCCGAAUGAAGGCCACCAUCAAGCGGAACCUGCUAAUAUUACCUUAGAUGACCCCUUUGAUUCAUAUCAAGUUGGCAGUGGUCUCUACAAUCGUUUUGAAAGGUUUGAUAUUGAAGGAGACGAAGAAACUCAAAACAAUUUUCCAUUUCAAGGGCACACAGAAAUCCCACCUGCUGCUGUAAACUCUCCACCUCCAGAAAGGGAGCCACAGAAAGAUGAUAAUAGUAAGAGUCCUUCCAGAGAAAAUGAUAUUCCUGAACAUCCAGCAGAACAGGCUAAUUUACCUUCUCCUCAUCUCAAGGAGGCUGGACAGCAACCACAACGACGUUUACAGAAGCGAAAGCCAGGAAGAAAGAAUGCAAGGGGGUCUCCUCUAUUAAUGGAUAUUGAACAAACUAUGCUUCCAAGCAAUAUAUACCAGACCUGGCUCCAAGAUACGAGUGACAUACAGUUCAAGAGGCCCAAAAUCGUAGAGCAUGACAAAGCAAAAUCAGCUGUGAAGGUAGCCAAACUAUUAGACCUGCCACCAGUAGCGCUGUCUUGUGGACUAGUCGGUAAAUACUGUGAAGUCUAUUAUCCACAACCGCUUCUAGACUUGUGGAUGACAAGUAUGCAGCCUAGGCAAGAUUCACCUUCUGGAAGGACUAAUUCACCACAUCCACCAGAACCCUCAUCAUCCUCACCACUCCCAGGACAAGACUAUCGAGAUCCACCAGAAAUUCCCAUGGGAGGAUUUGGCAAUGGAGUGACAUCUGAAAGAUUAGCCUCGAGAGAAAGACUACGAAGCAACUUGGCGACAGGAGUUGAGUUGCCUAUCAAUGAGUUCAACCUCAUGUCCAAUGGUGUGGGCAUGACUAAUCAAAAUGCUGCAGUCACUAACUCAGGAACAUCUGUUCCCAGCCCAGGUCCUGGACUCGACUUCAUGUCAAACACUUCAGACAGCUCAGGACGGUUAAUGAAAAAAAGGCCUUCUUCAACAAAAAUGAACACUGCUGGUCUUGAAUCACUGGAUGAGGAGAACCAAUGGAUACAUGACGCAGCAGAACACAAUCUACCAUCGUUUGGUGAGCAACCUCAACCAAGAUUCAAGAUGCCUAGACACUCUCGACAUGGUCCAACCCCUGAUCAUGAACUUCUGAUAGAAACAGGAAUUACUCAAACACAGUGUGUUGCAGUAGAUGAGGAAGCCGAGAUGAUGGCCAACAAUAUCUCUACGCAUCUGAAGUCAUACUUCGAGACACCAGGAGCACCUCAGACAGAAUCAUUGGACCAGCUUGCUUUUGGAAUGAACAGGAAGCAAGCUGCACAGCUUUUCUAUCAGACUUGUGAUCAACUGCGCGCAUUGCAGUUCUAGCAACGCGUGAUGUGCUGAAAGUACAGCAGAAUUCAGCAUAUGGAGACAUUACCAUCUCUAGAGGAGUUAAGAUGUGAAAAUGUGUGCAGUAGAAGGGCCUAAGUUCAUUACUCGACAUUGAGAUAUUACACCCACUCAUCUCAUUGAUCAGCAUUCAACACUGAUUCAGACAUUUUAAAGUAUGCAGCUUGCACAGGAAACUCAAAGGAUAUACAGUAUACAUAUAGAAGAUAAUUAAAGUUCUUAUAUUGGUUAAUCUAGUGGCUACUUCAGUACUUCAAUCUAUAUACUCAUACGGAUAUAGAAAUCUGUUUACUCUAACUCUCUAAGUUCAUAUUUGGGAGGGCUAUAUAUAUAUAUAUGUUCAUCAAAACACUAGUUGAAAAGGCAGCCUUUUUUUUUUUUUUUGACGGGUAAAAAGGCAGCCUGAUCAUACUUAUUGGUGAUGAAACUUUGACCCAUUUGUAAGAUCUGAUAGUAUUAUUAUUGUUAUAACUAUAAUUAAAUUUCAUUAGCAAAGUAAAUGUAUCU